UGGAUUCAAAUGGAAUUUUUUGAUGAUUCACAUUUGAACCUUCCCUUCUUACCUUUUCACAAUAUUUAACCUUCUUAAUUCUUCUUGUAUAUGAGAUAUAGAGAUUACUGAAAUGAUGUAUGAGCGCUCGUAGGUUAAUUCCAGACGAAUUACUCAAUUUUUAACAGCACUUUCAAGUAUUAGGAUAAUUAAUUUAGGGGGUCUACCUAGAAUAGAUUAAAGCGUUCUUGGUGGUUUUCAGCAGCUCUCAUCUCCUUUUCAUGCAUGCUUUCUAAUUCAUGUUUGUUUUCUUGUUGUUUUGUUUUUCGUGGAUGACACUUUGUUGUUGCACUUGUAGGUUGGGUUGCUGUGUUCAUUCACCAUUAGAACACUGUAUUUUAGAAGGUAUGCAGUGAUGUUGUUCUCUCACCUAUUCUGUAGAAGAAGGCUUUUGCAUAUAAUUAUUUUCUCCCUCUCUAUAAAACCAAACAUAUAAUAUACCCUGUAUAUCCCGGUCCGAGGUAGGAUCUGAGGAGGGUAGGAUGUAUGCAGACCUUACCUCUACCCCAAGGGAUAGAGAGGCUGUUUCGGUGAAAACCCCCGGCUUGCGAAACAAAAAGAACAAAGAACAUGUCUGCAUGCAUCCCCAGGUUUGGUUAUACCAUCAAUCACCGGCUUACAUUGAUGUUAUAUCAAUCUUCAGGAAUUCAACAGACCGUGAAGUCUCUCUUAUGAUACUCAUGGCUUACCUUUCAUACAUUUUAGCUGAAGUGUUUGGAUUAAGCGGAAUUCUUACCGUAUUUUUUUGUGGCAUUGUAAUGUCACACUAUGCUUGGCAUAAUGUCACCAUGAAUUCACAAGUAACUACAAAACAUGCUUUUGCAACAAUGUCAUUUAUUGCCGAAAUCUUCAUCUUUAUGUAUGUUGGUAUGGAUUCGUUGGACAUGGGAAAAUGGAGAUUUGUGAACGACAGUCCUGGAAAAUCUUUUGGGGCAAGUGCUGUAUUGCUUGGACUGAUUAUGAUUGGAAGAGCAUGUUUUGUAUUCCCAAUUUCAAUUAUAUCCAACUUAACCCGAAAGGCUACAAAUGACAAGAUCGAGUUUAAGCAGCAGGUUACAGUUUGGUGGUCCGGUCUAAUGCGGGGUGCUGUCUCUGUGGCACUUGCUUAUAAGAAGGUAACUGAAGCUCUUAACAAUUAG